AUGAGCUCGCAGUCCGAUGUUGAGGAAAAGAGAGGAGUCGAUGACUUUGGCAAUAGCACACUACCAAUCGCUGCCCCGGCACCUGUAGCGGCUCCUCCAGCUGUAGGGCCGCCUCCCAAUGGCGGACUGAAAGCAUGGUCUCAGGUUUUGGGGGCAUUUUUUUUGAUGGUAAAUACCUGGGGUCUAAUAAACGCGUACGGUGUUUUUCAAACCUACUACACAACAACCCUCUUGCCUGACACUUCACCGUCGGACAUUGCAUGGAUUGGUUCUAUUCAGGGCUUUCUGAUGCUUAUCCUGGCGGUGAUUUUUGGUUGGGCUCUCGAUGCGGGCUAUUUCUUUCUUCUCUCCGCUUUCGGGGUCGUAUUUCAGGUUCUUGGACUAAUGAUGACCUCUUUGUGUGAAGAAUACUGGCAACUGGUUCUGGCGCAAGGAAUAUGUGUGGGAAUCGGCUCUGGCUGCUUCUUGGUUUCGGCUUUUACCAUUGUUGGAACGUACUUUUCGACUCGGCGCUCAUAUGCGAUGGGCUGGACAGCGACAGGGAGUUCAGUUGGCGGUAUCAUCUACCCCAUUGUCGUCCGCCGCCUCAUCGUCCAAGUUGGGUUCCCAUGGGCAGUUCGAGCCAUGGGCUUUAUUGUCCUAGGCACUCUUGCCAUUUCCAUUUCACUCUUGCGGCCACGGUUACCACCAAAGAAGCUGGGCCCUUUGCUUGACUUACAAGCUCUCAAGGAUCUUCCUUAUUUCUUUUUCCUGCUUUCCAUGCUCUUCACCUACAUGGGGCUUUAUAUACCGUUUUUUUACAUCACGGACUAUGCUCUGAGUCUUGGGAUAGACGAAAAUCUCUCCUUCUACACCUUGAUUAUUAUGAGUGCUGGAAGUAUUCCGGGCCGUGUGGCUCCACCGUACUUUGCUGAUAAGUCGGUAUUUCUCUUUCCUCUCCUUGACAACGACGCUAAUCAAAUUUUGCGGGCAAACAGAAUCGGAAACGUUAACGUGAUGCUUCCCGCCACGUUCAUCUGCGGCAUUCUCAUGCUUUGCUGGAUCGCCAUCAAGUCUCUUGGAUCGCUGAUUGUUAUUUCAAUCCUUUUCGGUUUCUUCAGUGGUUCCGCUCAGGCCCUGAUCCCAUCCGUUGUUGUCUGGCUUGCUCCUGAUCUUUCCAAGGCUGGUGUUCGAAUUGGAAUGACACUUUUCAUGUGUGGUCUUGGUUUGCUUGUGGGGUCGCCCAUCGGUGGUGCCAUUAUCGAUGCUCAGUCCCCGGAAAGGAGCGUGUACUGGGGUGUAUUCCUAUGGGGAGGACUGACCGUUCUCCUAGGCGCAGUGGCGCUUCUCGUGACUCGAACACUAAAAGUUGGUUUUAAAGUCGCCAUCAAGGCGUAG